AUGGCGGAUGACACAAGGCAUUUCACAGACAUCAAAGAUAUUCGGCCCGGCAUAAAAAACUUACACUGUUUAUUCAUAGUUUUGGAAGUCGGUAAGCCUUCCCCGUAGUCACACACGCUCCCUGUUUGAUCUGAUCGCUAAAUUCACGGCCGUUUCUUGUAGGGAAAGCCACCAAAACGAAGGAUGCGCACGUUGUAAGGGCAUGUCGAGUAGCUGAUAAAACAGGCUCCAUUACGGUGUCUGUUUGGGACGAGGUCGGAGAAAUUCUACAACCAGGAGAUAUCAUUAAGUUUGUUCGAGGGUAAGAUAGGCUCUAUUCGCCUUGUUGUGUGAUCUUUAGCGCGAAUGGCGUUCAAAUUCCUGUCGAUUUUGUUAGGGUUUCAUGUUCAAAUGAAAUCUUGCAUAAAUUAGCCGAUUGGAGAUGUCGACCGUCUGUUUCUGUGAGGUCAACUGAUUGUGUAGGUAGAGAACAACUUUGCUUUCGGCUGGGAAAUUUUCCGCUUUCGAGUCCCUUUCCCUCAAAUAUCAAUGUUAUGUUGGAAAGUGAAAUUUGUGAGAGAAUGACUUUUGUUACAGGGGAGGGGAGGGUGUUACGACCUGACUUCUGAAGAGCCUUUGACCCAGAAUUCACUGCCAUACAAUGCACGAUUUUGUGAACAUUCAGGAAACAUCAAAACCCAAGAAUAACUGACCUUUGGUAAAGGAAUAUUUUAUAAUUCUCGGCCUGGGAAGGAUAGAGGGAUAGAUUUCAAUUUUUCCCACUCCAAGAUUUUCUCUCUUAAAAUGUGUUAUUUGUUGAAGGUAAUAUUGCAGAAAUUUGCUUCCACUAUAAACAUGACGGAAAAUUUAUCCAGGCGUCAUGAUCUUUGUUGUAAAAAUUUUAGGGUAAUAUGAGAACCACUGCUUCCUUAAAAACUGUCACUUCUCUUCCUGCUUUAAGCCACAAUAAUUUCCUCACGCCUGAGGGCACUAUUUUAUAUGAUAUUAUUCAAAAAAAGAGCCCUUCGUGAAAGAAAUUCUUGUUCACGUUCUUCAUUUUAAUGGUCUUGCUUAGAAUUAAUCAAAACUGAAAAAAGGAAUGCUCCAAAGCAGUCACACAAGUACACCAAAAUAAACGAUCUUAUGACCAUGAGUUUGAAUGCUUGACUUUCCUCGAUGGCAACUGUUGAUACAAUCCAAACUAGACGUUAUGAGAAGGUGUAAACAGUAAACUAGGCAAAACAGAGAUGUAAGAUUUUGUGUCACUGACAAUUUUUUUUCAUUGACCUUUUUUUCUAGGUAUUCGUCAUUAUGGAAAGGAAGCUUAACUCUGUACACAGGCAAGGUGGGGCACUUGGAGAAAGUUGGAGAGUAAGUGUAAUUGUGUACCACUGGAAAAAAAAAAUCACUAUGUGCUAUAUGAGGUAGUCAGGACUCUCAAGUUGCAUUUUUAGCACGAGACUUUUGCAAACAAGUUCAGUCUUACACUCUCACACCAAACUUUUAUUGUCAUGUAUGCAAGGUUUCUGAUUUUAACCAUUGAUUUGAAAAACUGCUGCCUUUGUCAAGUACUUAUGGAAUUAAAUGUCCUUCAAAAUAUUGUUUUAUUUACUCUUUUCCAUACGUGUUCACUUCAAACACUUUUCAACAAUGGAAAUUCUUGCCCAGAAUAGAGGAAUGGGCAUCUUAGCUAGUUAAUUUUUUUCACAAUUUUUCUGGAAAGCAUGCCCUCAUUCACUCAUUCCCCUCCCCUUCAGGAAGGUGAUGUUUGUGGCAUCACAAUCAAUGGCUUUGCCUUCAUAAAUCUCACUCUUCGCCAGCAAAUCAACUUGAGAGCUCUGUUAAAUUGACUGCCUUGGUUGUUAAAGGUUACUUCAGAGGACAUUUUUUGCAAUUUUCCAACUCUUGUUCAGAAGUUAUUUUAAAUGCAGAGAUUCAAACCCAGCUGUUUGUGGACAGAAGCCUCAUGUUUUUGGCAGUAAUUUCCAUCCUCCUGUUUUCAUGUAGUAUUCUCCCGCUUGUUCUCACCUCUGGCAAAGGGAGAAAUAUAUUCUCUGCUUUAGUAAUCUUUUUCACAUGAUCCUUGGAGCUACUAUUUCAAGGUAAUGCAUUGAUCCAGGGGCAUUAUGGCACAACUGAUUCUUGUUUUUGUUGUCUUCAUUCAGUUUCUGCAUGACUUUUUGUGAGCUUCCAAACAUGAGUGAUCCUAAUGCAGAAUUUCUUCAGCAGUAUAAACAGGUAUGUCUUAAAAGCCAUUUUCAAUUAGGUGUCAAAUGUAAUCUUACAUUUUUUUUUUUGGUUUUGCUUUAGUUUGCACUGCAAUUGUUCAUGAAAAGUUGUGCCAAUCUCUCAACCAAUUCAGUGCAAAAAUGUUUUUUUUUUAACAUUUUUUUUUCUGAUGAAUGGUUAAGGCUGAAAACGUCAGAUUUAGAAACUAUUUGCAGUAGCCAAUUUUUUAUCAUCAACUCAGAAUGAUAAAACCAAAUUAUCUUUUUAUACUCCACUUCCCUUCCGCACAGAUGCAAAAUCACAGUUUCUGUAGAAACUCACCCCCUUUAUUCAGUUUUUUCCACUUUAGUUUUAUAGCAUUUCAGCUGAUUGACUUGUUUUUAUUAUUACAAUUUAUAUUAGCCAACGUGCUGGUUGUUGGGAUUACUCCAACUUAUGUUUUGACUUCAGUCAUUUAAAAACACUCUUUGUGUGUUACUGAAAGAAGGGGAGGGGGUGUGGGUGGGGACAGAAUUGGGAUGACUCAGCAUGGUUGCUUGCCUACUACUGCUGUGGGUUGUAUUCGAUGAUAAUUCAAAGUGAACAUUAGUGAUGAGUAUGGUCCGACUUUGUUUUUGGUUAGUGUCAGAUCUUUGUUCAUAAAAAAAAACUCUCCAAACCUCAAUUUACAAAGGUAAGAACACCAAGUGGAUUCCAAAUUGGUGGAUUCCAAAUUGGCAAAAUUGAAUGACUGCAAAAUGGCAGACUGAUUAGUUAAUCUUGAGUGUGAUUAUGGACAGAAUUGGAUGACUGAAAAUCCUAUUACUAGUAAAUCUAAAUUAUGAAAAAAAUUUAAAAGCAAAGUACUUAUUGUUUGAAACCUAUUCAUAUAGAACAUCAGAGCAGUUCACUUUUUCCAUAAGAAAUGAACCCUACAGGCAAUAUAACUGUGUGUACAAAUGAGAAAUACUGUUAACAUUUACACAGGCAUGGGGUACUUACUCUCUCAUUUACCCUUUCAGUCCCAAGAUCUUAGUAGUGUCUGCUGUACAAUUUUUUUGAAGUUAGUUUGAAAAACUUUGGUGUUGGAUCAAUGCGUAAUCCUGUAAUUGAUAUUUUUCAUUCUCAUCACUUGUUUGUUUGAUAUUGUAUUGAUACUGUAGGGAGAAACUCUCUUUUGGUCAGUCAUGAGAGUUAAGUGUAAAUUGGCAAUCAUUUCAUUUAUUCUCAUAACCUAAAUGUUUGAUUCCGCAUUGGCACUGUAAGGACAAACUAGAUACUACUGACUCUAAAGACUGAAAGGUUAAACCUGGAAUCAGUUGAAAAAUAGCCAGUUUAUCGAUGAGCCAUUCAAACACUUGGAUUCACUUACUCAUUUUCAGGGGCUUCAAGGUGAUCAGGGAAAGAAUUCUCCCAAUACUCCAACCACUACUGCUGGAUUGUCAUCUGUGGGGUCUCGAAACCAAAACCAUAACACAGAACAUUUAGCGACAGCAACAUCACUUAACAAUCAUCACAUGGGACCCAACACUGGUUCACACAGAUUCCACCCUUACAGCAGGUCAGAUGGGAACGUAGCAGCGAAAGUAGAUGCAUCACGGGAUCCAAGGUUAAAACUGCGGGGGAACAAUAAUGGCAAUAACGGCAAUGGAAGUGGCCCAAACUUCAUUUCAUCAUCGACAAAUGGGAAUAAUGGACACCCUAAUGCUGAUCCAAGUGCUCGUAAUGUAAUUAACACUAGCAGAGAUCCACGGACUCGUAGAUAG